UGAAAUAUCUACCGAAGAUUUAGGGCGAAGAAUUUGUUGUGGCAAGUGAUUUGCUAUUGCUCAGAUUGGCUGCAAACAUUACUUUCACGUCCGUCUUAUUGCAAAACUGUACAGUUGAGAAAAUAAUGGGACAUGUCAUCAAAUUCUCAGGAUCUGCUGAGUGGCCAGCCGUACCAAAUCAUCUGAUGAGCAAUAUUAGUUGAAAAUCUUAAUAAUUGAUAUACGAUAAAAUGCAAGAGAUCAUAUUGUGUGGCAAAUACAGUAGACUAGAUUGAAUAAAGUGCAGUCUUACAAUUAUGUGCACCACGAUUGAGUCAAAUGGUUAUCUGUGCAAUUAAUAAGGAAGAGUUCUACAGAAGCCAGGAGUGAAGCAGUGCAAUGUCACUUUGUGACCCUGUAAUGUCAGCAUAAGCAUGGAUCUCAAGGAACAGAGGCAGGAGAAAAGGCAAGAUUAUUUUUCUGUUGUGAAAACAAGGUUAAAGAAGAAAUUCAAACAGACUAGAGCCAUCUCUAUGAAGUCUCCAGGGAAUGAAUAUGAAAACAACAAGAUGGCCUCUACCACAAAGGAUGCAGCUGAGUUAAAUUCUGCACCUUUUCUUUCUGUAAUGAAUCCAUCAGGAAGAACACGAAAUACUGAUUUUCAGCAAUAUUAUUCAAUGGAACAUAAAAGUGAAGAGAAAAAUGGUCGAACAUUAGUCCAAGAGAAACCAGUGGGCACUAUGGAAUACAGAGCAGCGGUGGAGGACACACUGUGUAGCAUAGCCCUGAAGUUCAACAGUACACCAACGCAACUGGUUAAAUUAAACAAGUUGUACUCACAAAGUAUUGUUCCCGGGCAGCAACUAUAUGUUCCUGAUCCAGGACUGAGUGAAGACAGCUCCAUAUCCUCAAGUCCCAGGCAGUCACAGACUCUUUCUUCAUCAGAUAUAGAAUAUGUCAAACUUUCGGAUGCUGAUUCAGCAGAAAUGUCCAGUCUACAGUGGUAUAGUUCACAACACUCGAUACACAGCUCCUUGUCUCCCAUGUGGGAUGAAGUACCCUUUUCUGAAAGAUUCCUGAAAAUUUGUUGCAGAUAUUUUACAAAUGGAAAGGGUGUUAUAAUGGGAAUCCUGCUCCUCACUCCUGAAAAGAUCUUUUUUGACCCAUAUAAAUCCCAUCCUCUUGUCAUUGAAAAUGGCUGUGAAGACUAUUUAUUUUCUUGCAACAUGGAGUCACUCAUUUCAGCUGUGUCUCACAAGGAUGUUUCUCAAAUGGAACUUUGCACUUCUUCUCCCUUAAAGAAGACUUCUGUUCAACCUCAAACGGGAAGGAAUACUGCUAACAUUAACCGUAGGAAAUCCCAUCCAGUUAGUUUAGUAGCUCCAACCAAAGACAAUACCCAAUGUACAAAGGUCAAAAGAAAAGAUUCAGUUCCUGUUGAUCAAGGAGCUGAAGCUUCAACAAAAUUUAGCAGCAUAUCCCACUCAUGUCCAGAUUCUCUCUGCCAUGUGGAUGAGAAAUUAUCCGAUGAAAUUACAGAAUUGCAGGACAGUGUACCUGAAGAAGAUGGUGAAACUGACCAGAAAGAAACAUUUACCAUUCCAAGCAGAACAAAAUACGGAGGAGAUAAUUUAAUAUCAGAGAAUAGGCAUUGUUAUUGUGAUGAACAAAGUAUAAGCGAAGAAAAAUUUGGACCAAAUGUAAAUUAUUAUGGCAAUCAACAUUUGACCCAUGCACUGACAGAGGAAAUGUUACAUAAGGGAAACAAACGAGAGAAACUCUGUGAUUCCAGCUAUGAUCCAGAUGAUAAAACUGCAGCCUUUUGUGAAAUAAACUUGUUAGAUCAUGGAUGUCCUGAAUAUCAGUGGUGUCAAAGGAGAGAAAACACAGAAGAGAAACUACUUUGCAGUGAACUGUCUAGAAUGAAGGAAGAAGAGGUUUGUUGUGCAAUGAACAAAGCCAAAGGUGAUCUGUUUAGUGAAUAUGAUAAACAGAAGAUCCAGAGAAAGGACAGAUUACCCACAUUGGCACCGAAGCAUGAAUUGAAACAAGAUCUACAUCACUCAGACGAUGAGGAAGACAAAUUUCGAUUGAUGUUUUUGUGUCUGAAAGUCAGACUUCCCAAGAAAGGGAGAAAUCUAUUUCAGUUUGGAUCAACCAUAUCUGAGGAUAUGAGCCAGAAUGAAUCCAAGGAAUACUGGCUUGCAAUGACUCAGGAAAAAGUGGCUGAACUACAUACAUACCUGAAACAUUGGCGACCUGAUAUUUAUUUGCCUGAAUCAAUGGGUGACACGCAAUUCCGUGACUUUGUUUUCCUCGAUGGGAAGUGUGCGUUUCCCUUGAAUGAGAAGCUUUUUGGUGGACCUUUUGAUGAAUGGGAGAUCAUAUCAGUGGAGGAUGACCCAGUGAAACACUGCAAAGACAUCUUUGAUUCAGAAUUUGGGAAUAUGGCACCUAUUCUUCAGGGGAAGAGCAACUUACUGGAACCUUUUCAUAUUGAGAUGAUUUCAAAAUAUUUGCCACUUAGAACAGUGGGGCAUCCAUGGCGACUAGCAUACAGUACAUAUCUGCAUGGCUUUAGUCUGAAAACCCUGUACCGCAAAGUGGCCAAUGCUGAUUCACCAGUGUUACUGGUUUUAAAGGAUACGUGUGGUCAGGUAUUUGGUGCUUUAACUUCUCACCCACCAAGGCCAUGUGACCAUUUCAACGGGACAGGAGAAACCUUUCUAUACACCUUUAAUCCUGAUUUUAAGAUCUUCCAAUGGACUGGAAAUAAUUCUUUCUUCACAAAAGGAAGUUCAGACUCACUUGCAAUAGGAGGAGGAAGUGGACACUUUGGUUUAUGGUUGGAUGAAGAUCUCAAUCAUGGAAGAAGCCAUCCUUGUGAAACAUUCAACAACAUUGUUCUAUCCAAAAAUGAAGAUUUCAAGGUGCAGGAUCUUGAAGUGUGGACAUUCUGAAAACUGUAUAGUCAUGAUCACGAAACAACAGUCUUGAAAAUAUCACUGAUUUAAUGCAUGUGUACUGAGCCAGUUCAGACUUGAACAAGAGAUGUUUUGCUACCACUUUACAAACUAAGUGCAGCAUCAAGUCAGUUGGUAGUAUAAAAGCAGCAAAGCUUUAUAGCCCAGGGCUCCCUUAAAUUGUAUUUUUUUUCAGAGCUACUUUGGACACUCGUGCAUUGCCAAUGUGAGUAUAGUCAGAAUGGUAUUAAAUAUUACUAUAUUGCUGCUAAACUAAUCCAACAUAGACUUAAAUAGAUAUUUGUGCAAUUCUGACAUUCAAGGGAAGUAUGGGGGCAAAUAAAUUUACCCACACUCGAUACAAGCAAUCCAGGUCAAUCUAGCACCAAGUGCUUUUGGUCUAUCAAUCUGUGCAUAUAUUGGUAUGAAUGCAUGUUUAUUUUAUAGCCUUAAUGUAUGCUGCUAACUCAGAACUGGAAUGUAUGCUUUUGAAGAUUAAGUGUUUAUUGUUCAUGUUUGUGUGUCUGUAUAUAUCUAAACAGGUGAAGCUAUUAACUUUAGCAUGAACAUAAGAUUCAUUAAAAACCUUGCUGUAAUUGUUCUUCAUGUUGCUUUUAGUGACAUCUCAAACAUGUCACUGCUUUUAAUUUUAUGAAUCAUGAUGCUCCUGAAAUAAAAACAAAACU